GCCAACAACUACGCGUGGGGUCUCUUUCGGCUAGGGUGCUUCGAAGAAGCCAAGGCACUGUUGCGCCAAACGACGCCUGUGGCGCGACGCACUCUCGGGGAUCGUGAUGAUCUCACGCUCGUGAUGCGGCGGGCUUACGCGCAGUCGCUUUACAAAGACACCGGCGCCACGCUUGACGACCUCCGCGAGGCCGUGACGACGCUCGAGGACGCGGAACGGACCGCGAGACGCGUCCUCGGCGGCGCGCACCCGGACACAGUGGGGAUUGGACAUUCCCUGCAAGUCGCGCGAGCCGCGCUCCGCGCCCGCGAAACGCCACAGGAGGGGGCAUAA